GGUUAAGAUUAUAUCGUCAUCAGCUUAAUCCUGUGACGUGAGAUCCUGGUUAGGGAUCCAUUUAAACCUGAAUGAAUGAAUCACGUAUUUAAUCACCACCUCAUCCUCAGUAACAACACAAGAUUAGCAGCAUCUAGACCACAAAAGUUGCCGGAAUAUAAUAUUAUUACUAUUUGUGUACCGUUUUCGCUAUGAAUAACGCGUUAUUUCGAUCCGUCGUCAUAAUAAUAGCUGCGACACUAUUAUGUCGUUCCACCCUGGCGAAAAUCACGGUACUUCCAGACGAAGAAAUCGACCAUGUCGACGAUUCAGCUCCCCCAUUUUAUCAAGAGUGCAAAAAGACUUCUGACUGUCCAGCGUCUUACUGCUGUGUUUUGGGAAUGAUGCGUUACCAGAUGCCGUUCUGUUUGCCCAUUGGCCGAUUGGGAGAUCCGUGUCACCCGUACGCGGAGAACAAUUACAGGAGGAAUUUCACCCUGAACUUCCCCAAUUUAGAAGACGGCGUCCACAUCGAGGAAUCCUGGCUGUUGAUGUGUCCCUGCGCCAAAGGCUUCUCCUGCUCGAAGGAGGAUGCGACUUGUAGGAAAAAUAAAACUGAUUGAUUAAGAAGUUACAAAGUAUUUUUAUAAUAAUAACCUUUGAGGUUAGACGAUGCUACAUUAAAAGUAAUAUUUAUGCGGUGCUUAAACGGUGUGAUGCAAGUUGAGCAUGCAAUUCUUGUCACUUUAUGUAUCAAGUUUGGGUCGUAAAGUUGGAUUUUUUAGCCUUGCUUAGGCCUUGUUUAAUAUGUAAAUGUAUUCAUUUCUCGUUCCUUGAUAUUAUGAAUUAUGAUUUCAUUCAUGCAUAUUUCCAACUUGAACAACGGAAAUUUAAUUUUUUGGAAAUUUUGAGAAAUUAAUUCUUAGCCAAAAAAUCGUCCAAAUUUGGUCCAGAUAUCACUGGAAAUAAGUCCUAAAAUAUUUUUUAAAACUAGCAUUUGGCCACUCGAAUUAGGAAGCCAGAUUGACCAAUUGCAAAAUAAUUGAUAUUAACGAUAUCAUUUUUAUGAAUAUGUAUUAAUAUGAAUUACGACACACAUUUUCAUGUAAAACCAAAAUAAAUCGACAUAUUCAAUUAAA